AUGGCAGGCGCAAUGAAACCAAGUCCGAAAAAAGCCUCCUCGACAAGGGUGAAACAGCGCACAAAAUCAUCCAGCAGUAACACCAACAAUAGCAACAACAAUAGCGUCAACCCCAACCAGCAAAAUUCAGGCGGUGUUUUCAAUACUGGCUCGGCCACAUCAAACACCAAUCAGGUGCCACAACAGUCGCAACAUCUUCAUAAACAUGCAUUGCCGCAAAGCGAUUCUUCCGGCAACGAUGCCUCGAACAUGGGAUCUUUAAAAGAAAAGUCUUGUUAUAAAUGCUAUGCCGGACUAAGUUCGAGAUCUGUUCGUACCGCGUGGGAGCAGCACGACAAGCAGGAAACGGAAGUUGCCUCAGAGGUGUACGAGAAGCUAGCGGAAGACGCCACCUAUAAGCUGUGGGAAUGUGCCAACAGCAUAAAAACUUACAGCCGCCAUUCGAGUGGUCGGGUUACAUUCGAUCUGGUCAACGAAGUGUUGAAAGACUCUGAUGUGCCACCGGUCGUAGGAGCCAAUAGUGAGCCCUGGGACAAAAUUGAGUACGAUGGAGCGUACUUUUUCAAUUCGGAUGAAGUGCUGGAUUUGCGCCAAGAGUACAUUAAAAACAUAACGCUAGAGCAACAUAAUGUGCCGGUACUUAGCACCACCUGGAUGGCGGAAACAGACAUUGCGGAGGAUCUAAUUGCGAUGCAUAACAAUAUAUGCGAUGCUAUUUUCAUCGGGGACGAUGCAUGUUUCAAUAUGGCAAUUGACGUACUACAGUACAAUGCGCAUACGCCUUCUCUGAUGAAGUUGCUGUUAACGAAGGCGAUUGAAAUGCUCGGUUUUGAAUACACCGAAGACACCUUGCGCCGCUCACUGGAGUACUUGGAAGCCCUAGUUCAAAACUGUCACGUUGCGCACUCUGAUUUAACGCUGGAGUUAAGCUUGCUUAGCCAGUUGUUUGUCAAUCUGUUGCUUGGUCCUGCAGGAUUCGUGCAUGCCAAGGUACUGCAAUCCAACGAGCAAGGGCAGCGGUCGGUAGCGUCCCUUUGCGAUCCUCAACAACAACAACCGGUACAGGAACAGCAAGUUCAGCAAGUGCUGGACAAUAUUUCACCCAUGUUCAAUAAUCGUAUGGCGUUGCUGGACAAUAAUUUGCCCGCGGCGGAUGAUUCCAAUAACUCCAGCUCAAACGCCACGGAACAAUUGUUACGUAGUAUCGAGAACAUUACAGACGGUGCGGAUGGGAUCGAUCUUAACAUCAAGGAUGAAUACGAAGCUCUCUUCUCAAUGGUGCAGGGUCUCGACAAGCAGCAAGCUGCGGAUGAUGGCAUCGUUGGGACAGGAUCAAUAGCGGAUGGCGUUGUGGAGGGCUUUCAAGUGAAAACCGAAUUCGAACCAGAAACGUACGAAGGGAACGCUACAAAUUUCAUCGUACAACAGGCCACAUCGGUGGUGGGAGCAACGCAUGCUGAUCAUUCGGUCGGUGCGCUUCAUGGUACCGAAAUACUGACGAAUGAAAUGUUAAAUUCUCUUGCUACCGAUGCUACUGCCGCAGUUUCUGCUGUGGAUAGCAAUGUGACGAUGUUUGAUAUGAAACCCGAAGCGUGCAAAAUUAAAAUUGAUCCCGAAGCUCGGCCAACGCUAAUCGAUGCCGAUCCGGAAGAGAACGUUAGCCUGCCUAUGUCGGAAAGCAGCGACGGUGGUGGAGAGGUUCAUAACCCCAACUCGACCACACUGGAAAGUGAAAACAUUACGACAUUAAUUUGUGAAGAUUAUCUCGUUGACAGCGUUUGCAGAGUAAUUGGUCUGUGCGCUAGCAAAUGGGGCUUUGUCGAACAGGAGUGUACUUUUCUGUUGGUGGAACGUCUGCAGCGCUACUUUCAGGAGCGGAAAACAGGCACGAUGGACUUUAACUGGUUGUCGCGCAUUUUUCGCGGAUUGUGGGCGAUAGGGGAAUUUGCGUUGCGAGAAUUGCUGCCGUACUUUUAUCACAUUGAUAGUCAAACGAUCCCAGAGUACCUCGUGCCACAUUUCAAUAGCGCAGGAUUUUUUCUCAAUGGACGAUCGGAUAUCUUUUUCUACGAGUAUCUACAGGAUAUUUGUGGCGAUGGCUUAGGACCUUUUAUGUUCAGUUAUGAACAGUACUUGGAGAAACUAUAUUUGAGGUAUCAUCGACGGCGAUUGAAAAUUAUUGCUACUAAAAAUUGUUAUAAAAUUACGGCCAUGGUAUACCCGAAACCGUUGUCAUUCGACACUACUCAAAGGCAAACGAGAAAAUUAACGUUGGAGGAGGCAUUUGAGGACUGCAAUUCGAAGCGGUUGACGGCAUUGCCUCCACCCAACCAAGCACCCACGGCACGUUUUGGUUUUAGGUUCUCUGGUUGUCGACCAGUUCCGUUAAAAUCUACUAAGGCACGUCUAAAAGCUACAACGGCUUGGGCCCCGCAAAACACAGGAUCGUCUGACGGAGCGUUCAAGCAAAACGUAGCCCUUACUAGUGUAUUUAAUUCAAGUAUAGUCAUAGCGAGACGUCGUUUGCUCUCACCUGUUACAAACGAACCGCCAAAGCGGCAUGUCUACUGCUACGGAUCAUGCACUUUGUAA